AUGCGCUCUUCACUCCUCCUCUCAGCAGCCGCCCUUUGCGGUCUUUCCCUCGCCCAUUUCGAAGUUAAGUACCCCGACACAAUCGGCUUCAAAGACGAGGACGAGGACAAGUCCCCCUGCGGUGGCUUCACCCCCGAUCUCUCCAAGAACAAGCUUGUCGAUUUCCACGUUGGUGGUGAAGCUAUUGCUCUUCGUUCUACACAUCAACAAGGCAACUGGCUCUUCCGUGUUACUACCGACGAAGAAGCCUCUGGAGGCUGGGAACAGGUCUUCCCUAUUGUUCAACAGAGUGGUCUCGGCGAUUUCUGUCAACCACAAGUCACAAUCCCCGAGAAAUAUGUCGGCAAGAAGGGUUGGGUGAAUGUCGUGUCUUCAGCUGUCGAUGGUCUUCUCUACCAGUGCAUCGCUGCCAAUUUCGUCAAGGGCAAGGCCGAUGCGCCAAGCGACUGCAAGAACGCAUCUUCCGUCAAAGCAUACUUCACCGAUGACGGCAAACUCUCUGCUCUUGUAAGCGGAGGAUCAAAAUCUGAAGAGUCCGGUUCAACUGGCACAGCUUCCGAUACCGGCUCGGCGGCCUCUGCCACAGAAAGUCAAGAUUCGGGUGCGGCGCCAUAUGCUAAUGGUGUUGGCAUGAUAACCAUGUUGUCCAUGGCAGUUGUUGGAGGCGCUUUGUUUAUUUAG